CGCUCGGACCCCCUCUGCCGUCCCGCCGCUCGUCUCCUCGCGCCGCCUCGGGUCUUCCCCCUCCGUUACGAUGCGCUCCGGACUGCUGCUGCCUUUGGCCCUGGCUCUGUGGGUCAGCGUCUCUUGGGCUGCCAUUCGGACCCCUUACCAGCAGAUCUUGCAUCACAGCCGGCUCCGGGGCAGGCAUCAAGGUCCCAAUGUGUGUGCUGUGCUGAAGCUCAUGGGAACAAACCAGAAAUACUUGCCAAACUGCAAAAUGUGGUACCAUAGGAAAAUCUGCGGCAAAUCAACAAUGAUUAUCUACGAAUGUUGUCCAGGAUAUGAAGAAGUUCCAGGGGAAAAAGGCUGUCCAGCUGCUUUGCCUCUUUCCAACCUAUACGAAACACUUGGAAUUGUUGGGGCUUCAACCACACAGCUCUACUCUGCCAGCUCUAACCUGAGUGCUGAAAUCACAGGCCCUGGAAGCUACACAAUCUUUGCCCCAACCAAUGAAGCCUGGGCAUCCUUGCCUGCCGAAAUGUUGGAUUCUUUGGUGAGCAAUGUUAACAUUGAGCUGUUAAAUGCUCUUCGCUACCAUAUGGUGAAUAAACGAGUUCUUACGGAUGAUCUGAAACAUGGAACAACUCUCCCUUCAAUGUACCAAAAUAUUGAUGUACAGAUCCAUCAUUAUCCAAAUGGAAUCGUGACAGUGAACUGUGCUAGGUUGUUGAAGGCUGACCAUCAAGCCACCAAUGGAGUGGUCCACCUGAUAGACAAAGUCAUUUCCACAACAACAAACAGCAUCCUUCAAGUUGUUGAGCUUGAAGAUAGUCUUGAAACCCUAAGAGCUGCUGUGGCAGCUGCUGGUCUCAACAAUCUUUUGGAAAGUGAAGGCCAGUUUACACUGCUGGCUCCAACCAAUGAAGCCUUUAAGAAGAUCCCACCAGAAACCCUAACCAGGAUUUUAGGAGACCCAGAAGCUCUGAAAGACCUGCUGAGCAACCACAUCUUGAAAACAGCUAUGUGUGCAGAAGCCAUUAUUGCUGGUUUAUCAAUGGAAACACUGCAGGGUAACAUGCUGGACGUAGGCUGCAAUGGCGACGAACUGACUCUUAAUGGAAGGCCCAUCAUUGCUAACAAGGAUGUCAUCGCGACCAAUGGCGUGAUACACUUUGUCAACGAAUUACUCAUCCCAGACUCUGCUAAAACUUUGUUGGAGCUGGGUCAGGAUUCCGACGUUUCAAAGGCUAUGGACCUUUUUAGACAAGCUGGCCUCAGUUCGCAUCUCACUGGAAAUGAGCGGCUGACAGUUCUCGCCCCCAUCAAUUCUUUCUUCACAGAUCAGACUCCUACACCAGACAGGAACUUGCUCCGGGAUCACAUUAUUAAAGAGCAGCUUUCCUCUAAAUACCUUUUCCAUGGACAGAAACUAGAAACUCUGAGUGGCAAGCAACUGAGAGUAUUUGUGUACCGCAAUACUCUCUGCAUCGAAAAUUCCUGCAUUGCUGCCCAUGACAAAAGAGGAAGAUUUGGAACCUUGUUCAGUAUGGAAAAGGUGCUGACUCCCCCUCUUGGCACCGUUAUGGAUGUGCUCAAAGCGGAUGACCGUUUCAGCACUCUAGUGGCUGCCAUCCAGUCUGCAGGCCUCACAGAAACGCUGAACAGGCCAAGGUCCUUCACAGUGUUUGCACCAACAAACGAAGCCUUCCGAGCCAUGCCGCAAGGGGAGCUGAACAAACUUAUGGGUAAUGCUAAAGAACUUGCCAGCAUUCUGAAGUACCACAUCGGGGAUGAAAUAUUGGUUAGUGGAGCAGUUGGUGCCAUUGUAAGAAUGAAGACCUUGCAGGGUGAUAAACUGGAAGUCAGCACUAAAAAACACAUCAUAAAUGUCAACAAGGAACCUGUGGCUGAAGCUGAUAUUAUGGCAACUAAUGGUGUGAUUUAUGCUGUGAAUACCGUUUUACAACCACCAGCUUCCAGGCCUAAUGAAAGAAGUGACGAGCCUGCAGAUCCUGCACUGGAAAUCUUCAAGCAAGCCUCUGCAUUAUCCAAGAUUUCCCACAGGAAUGUUCGAUUAGCUCCUGUGUAUUCCAGAUUGUUAGCCAGGAUGAAACACUAAAGCAACAGGCAUUCUGUAUAUGUAAAGCACAACCAAGGAUUCAGCUAGCUUUUGCCAUUGGGUUGCUGAAGAGAAGGACUUUGUUUUCUACAAAAAACAACAACAACAACACCCACACAUGUCACCAUGUAUUACACAAAGGUUAUGUUUUUUUCAACUGAAAUGAAGGAGAGAAAAUAAAAGCCAUAUAUAUUUAAACCAUUGUUUGAUAAGCCUAAUUUUGUUACAGUUGGUAGCUGAGAAUUCAGGGAGCCUCAGGUAGCCUAUGUGUGUCUACUCCAAAAUUAUUUAGGCCCAGCCUCCAGUUGUUCAAGAGCUAAAAAUGGCUAUGAUUGCAAGACAUGCUAAAACGUAUCCCUUUCUGGUUAGUAUUUAAUAAAAAUGUUUAAGGUUUGCAUGUGCUGUCAAGAACUGCUCAUACUGGCUUAUGCUCAGAAUCCUAUUGAAUAUCUGAGGCUUUGGCUUUAGAAAAGGGAGUUAUUCAGAAAAGCAGCCUGAAUUAGACUCAGGUUGGCUUUCAUUUGCGACAGUCUGUCUACAUGGCUUUGAGUGCAGAUACGUAGACUGAUCCUGCACUUUUGCACACAGUCACUGCUAAAACCAAGAUUGGUGAAGCUCAUUUGUCCAAAUUGGCUCUUCGUGUUUUGAGGGUCAGUGGGAUGAAUGGCCCAUUUUCUAUAAGGUGCUAACAGUAGUUUUUUCCUACUUAACAGAGUUUUGUUGUGAAGAUAGCCACAGAAGCAUUUAUUAUUCAUUUCUAUAUGUAUAGGGGUAGGUACAUAUGGAUCAUGAUUGGUCUCUGUACCCUGGUGCUUUUCUUUUUCUUUCUUUAAAAAAACAACAGUAAAAGAGUCCUGUUUUAGAGUAAUAAUCCAACUUUGUGACUUUUCCACACUUUAUGGUUUGAGGCUUGCAAGCUUACAGAUAGGAUAUUCUGAUUUGGUCUCUCAUAGUUAAUGAGGUUUGCAUGUGCUGUCAACUACAUUUUGGUUGGGGCUUUCUACUACAUUUUGAAAAUGAAGGCAACAAGCUUCAUAGGAAUUACGUAAAAUCUUAAUACCGUUUUUCAGAGCACACAGCCUAGGCAUGACUUAGACAUAAAUUUGUAUGUGGACAUUUUAAAGGAUGUAAAAGUACAGCUUGUGCCUUCAAUUAAAACUGGCUAUUUAGGUCACAAUACAUGUGCUACAGAACUAAGCUCCCUACAUGCUGCAGAAGCUUUCUCAUUCAUUCACCCCUGAUAGAGAACAAAACCUGUCAGAAAUUCAGGAGAUUUUCU